AUGGCUAUAGGCAUCAGCAACCGUGACUCCUUCGACGGCGGCGACCUCGACAUCCUCGUCAUGCAAGUCGUGCUCUUCGGCGGGCCUGAGAACGAGGCUUUGGGGCCGUCCGCCUCCGCCGUCCUCCACUGGCGCAUGCUCCUCCGCCUCGAGGGCGGCGGCCCUGUCACACUCACCAUGAUCCUCCAGGGCCGGCCCUCCCUCGACAGCGUCCUUUUCGUCCGCAGCAACAAGUUCGACACCUCCAGAUCCUGUACCGGUGGCCUUGCGUCCCUCCCCACGAGCGUCGAGUCCGCUGAGCUUAAGGCCAAGCACAUCAGCAUGUUCGCGUUCAGCAGUGAUCUCGCGAGCAGCUUCUUCACGAUUCGCAUGAAGGGCGACACGAAGACGAUCCGCGAGAAGUUGGACCUCAUUAACAGAUUGGAGAGCAUGAAGGUCGUGCCAUGCCAGACAUACAUCGAUGCGCUCACUCUCCGGGAGAAGAACCACAACGCAGGGUCAUACAUCCCUGAGGGCUCGCUCGACAACCUCUGGCCGGGCGACUUCUACCUUGAGCAUUGA